UCAUAACCUCAGUGGUUGUAGUGAAUGACUUCGUCGUUUUAUUGAUAAAACCAUGGUUUUUCGAUGCUAUGUGAAUUUAGUAAGCGUGAAUUUGUGGAGGGGCUUAGGAGGGGAAGAGAAUUCCACGAAACGCGGUGAGGGGGGGUAGACCCUGUCUCAAUCAUCUAGAGCUCUCAGUGCCGCGUACUUCGUUGACUGUGAAUUGUUUAUUUUGUUUAACCUACAUAACCAAAAUUUAAGGAAAAAAUUAAUUUAUGCUUAUGCUAUCGAAUGAACAACAAGUGAAUUGCCUAACUUCAGUGCUAUCGUGUGCGGAGAAAUAAAAACUGUGUAGUAUUGCGUCAUCUUUCUACAGGGCGUUACUUCCCGAAGACUGUGGCCACAAGUACUUCAAUCCAUUCGAUAUUUUAGCAUCAGUGCAAAAUGGAAGAGUGCGAAAAAGUGUAUCAAAUAGUGGAAUUCGUGGAGGAAAUGAUAGAAAAUGGGAAAAAAUCACUAGAAAUUGUCCCAGCCUCGUGGGUUACCAGGACCGAGGGAACGACAACAGGCACGUGUGCUUUUCCUCCUCCAAACCAAUAUCAUUCCGUGAGCAAAAUGGUGAAGGAACUCAUUCCUCCACAAUCGUCAUGGAAGACAUUCGGCGUGGAACUCCUAACAAGUGCCAAGAAUUACGACAAAGCUGAGAGACGAAUUAACCGUCUUUAUAGGAAACGGUCUAACAUAGACUCGACAGAUUCGGAGACUGAGGCAAGCUGUGUUGGCAAAAUAUCGAAAAACCAGGCUGCAGCCAUAACAAGGCGAACUUUUUCUCUGCUGGAGCACAUUGUAGAGGAAAGGGAGGCUGAAAGGGAGGCAAUAUCAUCGAGAGAUCAUGAGGCUGAAAUCUCUAAAGAUGGUGGUCAACAGAGAAGUCUUGAGGAGGCUGGAGCUACAACAUUGCGAGGUAGAACAGAGUCCGGUGACACCAAAGGAGAAAAAAAAUUUGCUUUGAAAGCAGUUCUCAAAACUCUGAGAGAAAAUGCCAUUGAAGACCCUCUGAAACAGUUCUGCGCAGAUUAUUGGGACGCCACAACAGAACUUCUCACGUACAAAUAUCGUGAGGAUUUGUCCAGCCUAAAACGAUCUAUUCAAUACGAUCUAAAUAGGAAAAUCGAGGAGCUGAGGGUUUCCAUGAUGGUCUGCAAUGUCGCUGGAGGUGAACCUAUAACAUCGCCGAGGGAAGGACUAUCCGCAGAUUUCCCCAUUAAGAGUUUCGAACAGUUUCUGGACUUCGAGAAAACUCUAGAUCCGACACAUCAGGAUAAUUUGGCUGAUCCUGAGAAGGCCUUACAAAAACAGGAUAUACUUAAAGCAUUUAUGGGUGUAUUAACUAACAAAGGGAUGGAUUAUGCGGCUGAUAUUAAAAAAAUUCUCAAAGAAUUAAUUUCCAAAGAAGUGCAACUCAAUUACAGUGGCGUAGGCCGCGUUGUUAAAGGCAGGGGAAAGAGAAAUUUCAGUGCAACACUGACUUUUGCAUGUUUAAGAGAUUUUAUUGAGGGAAAAUACAAGAACUCCAACAUACCAUUGAAGAUCAUAUCAAUUACGAGUGAUUGGCUAUCAGGAGCUGGAGACAGAGAUGGUGGAUGUUCACAACGUAAAAAGCAAGGUGGAACGUAAA